AUGGGCCGCCAAGAUACUGCCGAACCUUAUUUGCCAUGUGUUUACAAGAAAGAUGCUGAGAUUCCGUUCGCUCCUGAUGGCAAUUACCCGUUCAUCUCUAGUUCUGUCAUCAAGGUGAAAGGGAUCUCGGGCCGUUUUCAAGGCCUCAAAUGCGUCCAGAAAACCAUCAUCGACCCUACGGAAACAGAUGAGUUUUUACGAGGAAAGAAAAGACGCCAACUUGCGCAAGAAGCCAAGAUUCUUCACUUGGCCAGGCAUCAUCAUGUUGUUCAAUUGAUCCACACCUAUUUUAUGGACAGCACGGAAGACCAGAUCCACUUUUCAAUCGUCAUGGAUCGAGCAGAUGCGAACCUCCACGAUUAUCUCAAGCCAAAAAACCCCCCAAAGGAGCGAUGGUUUGGUUGCUUGGUCAACGCCAUUUCCCAUAUUCACCUACUAGGCAUCCGACAUCGAGAUGUCAAGCCAUCGAACAUUCUGAUUAAAGGCGACAAGCCGUUGCUGGCUGACUUUGGCAUCUCCCAGAUGGGCCUUGGAAAGACAAUGCCGACUACAUACGAGCAUCGUAACGCUGCGCGAACACGGGAGUAUUGCGCUCCGGAAGUGGAUAGAGGUAGUACUCGUGGUCGAUCGGCAGAUAUUUUCUCCCUAGGGGCUGUCUUUCUCGAAAUGCUUCUCGCUUAUUCUUACCCAGAUGGUUUCCAAGAGUUGCAGAGAGUGCUAGAGUCGCCGUCUCAUAAUGGAGCGUCAUACGCAAAGCAUAUUGAUGAAGUUCAUGCAUGGAUCGCGAAAAAGGUUCACCUGGUCGGCUGGCAAUAUGAGGUUCUUUGCCUUUGCAAAAAGAUGUUGCACCAGGAUCGACUCCAGCGCCCAGACGCAGCAAACAUCGAGUUGGAUAUAUCGUCUUUGUUGACUACAGGUGAAUCUAUGGCGUGUAGAUGUGCCAAGAGCUUGGCCCUAUCGGAGAACGACAAGUUGGUCGUGGCUUGUAGAGAACGGUCCGAGGAUGCGGUCAAACAAGCACUGAAUGAGGGGGCAAAUCCGAAUGCCCCAAGCGCAAUCCACUUUGCUGCGGCGGCGCUACAAUGUGCCUCUCGUAGUGGUUCCGAGCCUGUUGUUCAGUUUUUGUUGGAGAAUGGUGCUGAUGUCAACAUCAAGGACGAGAACGAGCAAACCGCAUUGCAUGGUGCAUCAGGACAAGGCCACACGAGAAUUGUCCGGAUGCUCCUAGACUCGGGAGCUGAUACUGAGGCGGAAGAUCUCGAUGGGAACAUUGCGUUGGAUUUCGCAGAAAGGAGGCAUCAUUGUGGUGUGGUGAGCUUGUUGGAUUCUUUCUUUGAGCGUAAUGACUAG